GCGGCGAAGUUCAUAUCUAAGUGUGUACACUCUAAAGACAACACUUCAUCGCAUACCAUGAUGUGCGCCAGCCAUUGCCACGAAUGAUCAUGAGUUAUCACCUUCUGAUUCGAAAAGGGAGGGAGGCGUACGCCUUUUUGUGACAAUUUGGAUACUAUAUGAUAAUGGUAGUGAAAGACGUAUCCCCCCCACCUCUCUCUCUCUCUCUCUCUCCAAAUCAACAGCGAUAACCCUAUCAUUCGUGGCAAUGGUUGGCGAACAGCGUGCUAUGCGGUGAAGUGCUGUUUGUAGGGCGCAGGGGUAUAACCGCUCCGUUUUUAUCUUUUUUCCGAUUCAAUACACUCGUGCCAUUCCAACAUCAAUGAAACGCCGUUCUCGCAUCAUUUUCUGGCGGGGGCGAGGAUGGGGGCGGGGGCAAAUCGGAUCGGUGAGCAGCGCGUGUACGCCGUGAAAUACCGACAUUCUGCGUACAUGUCGACCGCAUCCGCCGCCCUCUUUUUUCAAAAAAGAGAAAAGUAAAAAAAAAACACAAAAUGCGUAACGUCAUUGACAGCGGUGAGAAAGAAAAAUGCCUCAUCAUACACAGGCGGGCGGAAACAGCGCCAUCUAACGGAUGUCGCACUGACGCCGCAUCUGCAUAUAGCGCUCGCGUCACGCAGAUCUUGACAGGUGUUUGAAUAUCUCCGUUCAGUUCAGUGGGUGUAACCCCUUUUGCACCCCUUUCAAUGUCAAACACAUUUUCCACGGGUCACGUACGCGACGUAAAAUGAAGAGGGGGGAGGAGAGAUGUACCGGUGUACGCUUCGGAAAUUAAAAUAAUUCCCACGAAGUGAGAAAGUGUUACCUGGUAUUUUGUGCGCGUGAUUUCCCUGAUUUGUGUAUGCGUACGUGACGGUAUUUGGAGAUCCGGCAUUGCGGUGGAUACUAAGUGAAUGUCUUUAUUCGUCUAAGUUCGUCGGCAAACUAAAUUCAGACUGAUGGGGUUGACUUUGGAGAGGGGCUUGAUCACAAUAUAAAAUGGACGGAAGAGUAACAUGGAAUUAACGUGGUUACAGUAAGAACAUAUCUCCAUGUUGUUGUUGUUGUUGUUUUUGUAGGUGUGGGGCACAAUUUCCACUUGGGAACUUGGUUUCAAAAAUUUCGCGAUGAUCACUGCACACCGUUUACGCAAUAGCUACCGGGAAAUGGAAGCCAAAACGGCAUUGUAAUAAGAUUAGGGUUGAUAACUAUGGAGUUAAGGCGGACUCUCUUCUUAAGAAAGUCUAUGUGGGAAUUUUUGUUCACAGGGUUCUCGUAAACCUCGCUAAAUUUCUACACGAGACAGGUACAGGCGUGUUCCUCUCGACUUUAUCUAGGGAAUGACACGCUUUUUGAACGCCUGAAGCGAUCCACUGAUUUUUGACGAAUAAAAAUUUGUGAAAUUUUCAAUACAUGGGAGUCUGUGGGAGAUGCAACAAAACCGCUUCUUUGGGCACGCACGGCGGCGAUACCUGGACCAAAAUGAUGUCAUUCCCUACAGUAGCAGUCUAGGAAUUGAUUGCAGUCAACAAAUUCUACAAGGUUACUGCAGUUUUCUAGAUCCCUGCUUAUGAAAAUACUGGUUUUGUCAUUCGCUAGCAUGUUGUGCACGCUGGCGCCGAUUACAUCACUUCUUUAGAGCGCGGGAGAAAAGCAAAAAAAAAAAAAAAAAUUCCGACGGUGCCGCCAUCUCUCGCCGGAAGCGAACUUAACUAGAUCGCAUAUGAGUCCGCCUUAAAACCUUAAAAUCGGUGACUUGCAAAUGGGCCUAAGUCGCCAUUUUCCCAUGUACUACAUUUCUUCCCAUUCGACGCGCUAAACACUGGCGGCAGCCAUGAGCUUGCUAACCCACCGCACCAUACCGCACCAAAAUCUGGACCUACGGGCGUGACGUCAUCUUGGACUUCCGGGUCGAGGUUCCCGCGCGUUUGCCUGUUCGCUAGCGUAUAAACAGCCGACCAUUUCGUGGGUUCGCAAUUUGACAGGCAAAAAUGGUUGGGUGUUCGGCCCUGGGUUGCACCAACUCAACGGAGAAGGGUCACAAGGUGUUCCGAGUACCUUGGGACCCUCAGCGUAAGAUGCAAUGGGCAGUAGCGCUCCGACGAAAGCAAAAGAACGGCGACUUGUGGAUUCCCGGCGUCGGCGCACGUGUGUGCUCUGCGCAUUUUGUCGAAGAGAAACGCAGCGACGACCCCAGCCACGUCGAUUAUGUGCCGUCUAUCUUCUCGUACAACAACGAUAGUCGUGCCCGAUCACGCAGGAGGAUUGAAAUGCAUCAUCGCCAUGCUGCAAUAUCGCGAAAACGGUUGGCAUCGCAGGAACAGCAGGCUAGCUGCUCCAGUAUCAACACUGCUGUAGAAAGUUUGGACGAUAUGGACAGUAUGAGCGAUGUGGACAGCAUGGACGCAGCGGAAGGGUCGCCAACUGGUGACAACAUGGUAGACGCAGAGGUCCAGGCGACAGAAUCAACAGGGAUGUGUGCAAACUGUUACUCCUUGGUCAAAGAACGGGAUGCACUCAGCGACGAGGUUUCCACACUGAGACGAAGGUGCAGGAGGCUGAAAGCAAAGCUGAAUACGUGCCAGGAUGUUGGGCAGAUGAGCGAAAAGAAGGUGACUUUCUACACAGGGCUCACAAAGGCAACAUUCUUGGCAGUGCUGGCAGCUGUGGUUGCUGCAUUACCACCUGCACGCAAAUGCCUUCCACACCCAAGCCAACUGCUGCUGUUUUUAAUGCGCCUGAGACUCGGUCUGCACAUAACAGACCUAGCCUACAGGUUUCAUGUGUCCGUCCCCACUGCUAGCCGGAUAUUCAAAGACUGGCUGGCCCCCAUGUCCUCAGUGUGUAGACAGCUGAUAGUGUUCCCUGAUCCCGACAUAGCGAGGAGCUGGCUCACAACAAAAGAACGGCACCAUUUCCCAAACCUAAGGGGCAUUAUAGACUGCACUGAAGUUCCAGUGUCGAGGCCUUUCAACCUGUCCACGCAGCAAGAAGUGUGGAGCAACUACAAACAGGGCUCCACACUGAAGUUCCUCGUCUGUGUGAAUACACAUGGCGCAAUCACCUUCGUCUCUCCUGUUUAUGGUGGACGAAUUUCGGACAAGGAGAUAACUCUUCAGAGUGGGUUCCUAGGUAUGUUGCUACCAGGUGACCAGAUUCUAGCAGACCGGGGUUUCCUUCUCCAUGAGGAGUUUUUCCUGCGGGACGUGCAGCUGAUAACACCGGCUUUCACAAAAGGAAGAACGCAGUUGCUCCACAAUGAAGUUGAAAGUUCAAGACGAAUAUCGUCGUCAAGGAUAAUCGUGGAAAGGGCAAUUGGGCACAUAAAAAAGUGGAGGAUACUGACUAACACAGUCCCCUACCAUCUUGUUCAAGAUUUUGACAACAUUCUCUCCGUGGUUGCCGGGCUCACAAACUUUUCACUAUCGCUUGCAAAUAAAGGUGAGUUUUAUUUACAUAUUGUUCCUACACAAUCAAUACCUACUACAGAUCCUUGGCAGCACUAUUUUUUCAAAAAAGAGCUUCAGUUUCUCUUCGUUUCUGGACAUAAAUCCCUCUUCCUUUGGGAUUGAAAGUAAUAGUCCCCCUUGAUCCACAUGGAGAUAAAAAUAGCAUACUGUGCUACCAACAGAAUUUAAGUGUAGCUGAGCUUGCACUUGGUAAUAAUACUUAUGUGACAGUUUUAAGUCACCGUGGGCGUCCAGGCAGAAGUCGCGUUGUUUCUGUCCUUCUUCAGCAACCUCUGAAGGAUGAACUUUCCUCAGUGAGUAGAGGCACUUGAUUUCGACGAGUGCAGGUGGAUGGCAUUCGCAGUGGAAUAUAGCAUCAGGACUGCAUCCUAAAUAAGGGUACCUUGGAGAUAUCAUCAGCCCACAGUCUUGUAGCCGAGCACCAGUAUGGCUUCCUUGCAGUGUGUUCAGCACUGCCUCUUUUGCUCUGUCUUCAUUGUCAAUGCCAUACUGCACGGCUGGUGCAUUGAUUAUGGUCGGUCGGAACAGCUUGUUGAUGAGGCUAGAGCACUUGACCAUCCUUGAAGAGCAAACUUCCUUGAACACUGAUGCUGUUAUUCGUCCCUUCCGGUGGAGGAACCAGGAGCUGCUUUUUCUUUGUGUCCUUGUUUCAAGUUCGAUUUUGUCAGAAUCUUCUUUGGUGAUGCUUAGAAGCUCUAAGGGUGUCUUGCAAGUUGGAUCUGGCUUAAAGUUGCAGAGAGGUUGAUGAAGGGAUAUGUGGUACACACCAGCAGCUGUUUCAGUAUGCCCACUUUCUGUAACUUGUGCAGUGUUCCUUUCAACCAACGUGAAAAACCUUGCAGUCGGUGCAACCUAGAGGAAAUGAAUGCGACUAAAUUAAGUGCUGCACAUAUACAGGGUGUCUUUUUGUAUUGGAAACACUGCGCUUCACUAACAAAG